AUGGCUAUCAUCGGCACCUCGACCAUCGUCUUUCCCAAGUUGGACCUCGCCAAAGGGGAGUCAGGCAAGGGCAAGAGGACACAUGUAUGCAACGUCUGUUCGAGAGCCUUCAAGCGAAGUGAGCAUUGUAUCCGCCACCAACGAGGCCACACCCAAGAGAAGCCGUUUGCGUGCCGAGUUUGUCGACGACGAUACAGUCGCAGAGACCUGCUUGUUCGCCACGAAAGGACUCUACACUCGCCUGAGCAGCUUGCCAACGCGACCGAGGAGCCGCCUCCCAAAAAAGCCAGGUCUGCAACACAAACAUCUGCGAACGAAGUGCCAUCGGCCAAUUCUUCGUCGGAAGAACUGAGCGAUGAAGCAUUGAUCCUAGCCGAAACCCACCAAAUCCAACCCCCCUCAGAUCGAGAUGGAGAACAGACUAUCAUCUCCAAGCAAGCGGCAACGCAGCCCACAGUGUCGUCGACUACUAUCCAAGAUGCAGAGCCUGAGGGAACAGGCUCAUCUCACGAGGUGUUCCAGCAGUCCAGCACCGUUGACCUGGCGAUGGGGUCACAGAUAAGCCCACCGAUUGUCCCCGACACGGCCGCUAGGAUGGACCUUUCAGCGACAACGAUGCUUGAGGCAACUGACUUUGGCGUGGUUAUACCUGAGAUCGACAGGAUGCGCACGUUUCCCACCUCCAUGCCAUUACCAGAGCUCGACGGAGACCUCGAUUUCCUUAAUUUCUUCGACCCCUUUACAGGCUUGCAUCCCAAACAAGUGGAGGCGUGUGCACUUCCACCAUUGAUAGGCAAUAUAGACGGAUGGUCGCCACUGGAAAAUUUCUCCACCUCAAGCCAAACUUCGAUGCAGGACUAUGACUUUCACCAAGCAUCUGUACCGACUUCGACUUCAUCAGAUCCUCAACUUGUUGACUCGAGCCGACUCACCUCGCAACCAGGCAACUCACCAACCUCCGGGCUUGGCCAAGGGUGGAAGCCUGAUUGUCAGAAGUCCAAAAUUACCUCGACAAGCGUCCUCAGCGGAGUCGGCACAUAUCAAUCUCCCGAGUUGGAGAAGCCAGUAUCUGACAGGCAAGGGAGUCUCACUUUCACCGAUGAAAUGCGAUCGACGAUUUCAGAGGACCUCUCCCGUCGGCUGUCUCCCGAACAGUUGCACAGCUUCCGCCUGCCAAGUACAACUGCUUUACGCAAGUGCCUUCGAACAUAUGUCGACGCCUUCCAUGUUCACAUGCCAAUCUUUCACCUUCACACUAUGGAUCUCGGAAGCACGCCCUCGCCCCUGGUUUUAGUCAUCUGUGCCAUCGGAGCUCUUUACCGCCUGGAGAGGAAAGUGGCUGCGUCCUUGUACCUGGCGGCUGGCCAGGCACUCUGUGCCACGGUUGACCGCCGUGGACAAGCCCCAAAGAAGCCUCGCUUUCUGGAGGAUUGGAGCCAGCCUUCGGUGGAAAAGCCGGCAUCGUAUCAGCAAUAUGUAUGGCCAAGUCAGACGCGGCUUCUGCUGGCCAUGUUCGCUUGCUUCAGUGGAGACCCGGAGGUCAUUGCAAAGUCGAUUGUGCAACUUGGCGAGUUCCUGAUCGAUUACCGCGAAUUGGCCCUAGCCGCAAAGCCUCGAAAGGCUGGAUUGGAGUCCCUGUCGUGGGAAGAGUGGAUCGAGAGAGAGACCGUCAAGAGAUUGCUGUACGGCCAUAUCAUGUUUGGCAACUUGGUGACAAUGACCUAUGGGAUUCCGCCUGGGUACUCGAUCGUCUCAGAUGGGUAUCUCGAAAUGCCAUGCGAGCAAUGCCUGUGGGAUGCCUCCACUGCAGAAAAGUGGCAUGAACUUGCCGCGUGGACGGGAAAGAGCUCGUCGAUGUCCUUGAGAGACGCCGUCUCGAGUCUGAUGUGCGCAAAUCCAUCCAAAGGCGUACCUGAUGAGUGCUGGGCAUGGUCUCCAUUCGCAGUGAGUGUUGUCAUCAAUGCGGUCUCCAUCCAGAUCUGGCACAUUACCCAAGGCUCCUACUCCCUGGGCCAUUUUUCCGGUCACGGAUCCUCUGCAGAGGCACAGAAACCGCAGCUCUUGGUUCAGACUGAAGCUGCAUUGUCCAGAUGUCGGGCUCUUAUCACCCAAGUCCGUUCCGACGCGGACUAUGCUUGGUCCGAGGCCGAUGGACCUCUGCUGUUCAAUUGCCUGGCACUGCUGCGAGUCAGCUACUGCCGCACUUUUGCUGGUAUUGGAGGGGCGGAUUCGAUGAUUCUCCUGAAAGAGAGCCGGGCCGAACUAGUGGCCUCGAUUGAAGAUUUUGUUGCAAUGCCGCAAGACCGCAGUGACCGAGUGACCAGAGCUGUCAGCCGGGCAUUUGAGGGAUUGUUGAUACCCUACAAAUCAGGGACUCUGCUGGUCAAGAAGACGGCAGCCUUGACCUGGGCGAUAGGGCAUGCUCUUGCCGGGUGGGAUGCGGCUCUGCUCGUCACCAAAUGGCUAUAUGCGAUCGAACUUGAGACCCGCGGAGGGAGCACCGGAACUGUGGGCGAACGGGAAGCGCAAACGAUGCAGAGCAUUCGAGAACUCCUGACCGAUCUCGACGAUGGUGCAGGGGAUCAAGCUUCCGGGUGUUUGGCAGCCAAACUGGCUCGGUACUGGGCAGGCUUCUAUGAUGAUACUUGGGUCUGGGGACUGACGCCGCGAAUGGGCUGGGCGUUGAGGGAGCUGGCCACCUGCUACGAGAGCAGCUUGCCUGGGGUCUGA